AUGAAUCCAUUGACAGGACACCGACAAUUUUCUUUCAACGGUGGAGAUCCCCGACGUCGAUACAAGAAAACUACUUAUCAACUUCAUCUCUCCAGCAAUUUAUCGACAAGUUAUCGAGGUAUUGAAGCUCUGUAUAUCAAACCGAAAAACGAAGUCUUUGCGCGCCAUGUAUUAGCAACAACUAAACAAGAAAAUGGACAGUCAGUCGAUCAGUUUAUACAGAAACUACACAGCCUCGCUAUUGACUGUAACUUCUUGUCCGUUUCUGCUGAAAAGCAUCGUGACGAGGCUAUCCGCGACGCCUUCAUCACAGGAGCAAUCUCUAAUAGCAUUCGCCAACGACUUUUGGAGAAGUACAAUCUUGAUCUUCAACAUGCAUCCGAAGACGCUCGCAUGUUGGAACAUGCUCAGCAACAGUCACAAAUCUGA